GAAUAUUAGGAAAAGCGCUGAGUUCCACGUGUCUCUGCUCAUGGCGCGAAGCCUCCCAAAUUCCGUGCACUCGUCGGUGAUCGUACCACGAGCUCAACUCAAUUCUUCCCCCACCCAACCUCAAUUCUCAGCUCUGCAUCAUUUCUAAAAUUUCCUUUUCCUUCUUUUGUUUUGGAAGAUAAAAAGAAAUGACUUCUCUUGUUGCACACUAUCUCCGGCGGCAAAUUUAUCAAAUUUCAGUUCAAAUAAACCACAGCAAAGCUAAAAACUGCUUGUAUCCGAGUCGUAGAACUCGGUGGUUCAGUAGCGGCACUGAGUCGGCUGGGACCGAGUUCCUCGGAGACAACGCGUACGACCUCUUAGGAGUUUCACAGACCAGCUCAUUCGCCGAAAUCAAAGCCUCGUUUCACAAACUCGCUAAACAAACUCACCCGGACCUCUCUGAGUCGAAGAACGAUUUCUCUGCUUCUCAGCGAUUUGUGGAAAUUCUCGCGGCCUAUGAGAUUCUUUCGGAUUCUGAGAAGAGGACCCAUUAUGACAGGUAUCUGUUAUCUCAGAGAAGGCCUAUGCAGAAACAUUCACAACAAGGAACAAGAAUAUCCACAUAUAAGCCCCAUGAUGUGACGACAUUUAAGCAAAUGGAAGUUGUUGAAUGGUUAAGGUGGUAUAGAUUUGCUAUAAAUGAUAUAGUGUCAAAUAAGAAGGUGGUUGUUGGAACAGGCUAUUUUGAUGAGCUUGAAAGGGAUUUUUAUUCUGCCAUAAAUGCAGCGUACUAUGGCCCUGUAAUUGAUUCAAUGGAUCUUCUUCCUGACCGCUUUGAAGCUGAGGAGAGAUCUGUUUAUGAAACUCCUGAGGUUCUGCACUUGGUUUCAGGGCGUGAUCUUUUUGGGAUGGUCUGCUUGGUCAAUAAACUUCCCAAAUUAUCUUUUUCCAGCAAUGAAAAAUUAACUUCAUUUGCAUCUAUGGGUUCAGGCAUGCAUCCUACAUUUGAGGAUAUGAGCAUCCACAUGAAAUCGGAUAAUGUGGAUGAUUUUGGAACUCCCUUGAUGGAAUCUCAGAAUGUUACAGAUCACACAUCAGAUGCAUAUAAAGAUCUAGAAUUACAUAUAUUUGGGAGGCUGGUUGCUGUGGCUACUAGACUCCCUCCUAAAAGCUAUUGCAAUGGGGUACAGAAUGAAGAUGCUCAAGACCAGAUACAUGUAUUUCUUAGUUCACAUGAAGAUCCAUCCAUGCAUAUUUGUGAAGGGUCCUCUAUAGAUCAGUUUUCUUGUGGUGCAGUUGGAUCAAGGAUUCCAUUGGGAACCAUAACUGGACUAGGGGCUGGCCCAGAAGAAGGGUCUUGCUUUGUCUAUGAUAGCAGUGGUACAAAAACCCAUGUGCUUAUGAAACAUAGAACAUUGCUGGUUAAGCACAUGCACUGGUUUGGAGUGGGAGAAGAAGUUUCUGUGUGUGAAUGUAGAUGCAGUAGAGCCCGUUUACCCCCAAGCAAAUUUUGGCUGUUCGAGCCUCGCAGUGCCAUGCAUGACAUUGGUGGUUGGUAUGUUGAAACAUUCGGCAGAGAUAAGAAAGGCCACACAGUCCUAUCACAAAGGUAUUGGGACGGAUUUGAUGCAGGUGAAGAGUUUGACAAGAGGCUCCAUCCAGCAAUGUAUUUGUUUUCUCUUGCAUAUAGAACUCUAGAUCUUGAAGAUGCCCAAAGAAGGAAAUCAAUGGUCAGGGAUGCUGUUGAAGGGCAGCUGUAUAGAAUUCUCAGUUGGUGCAAGAAAAUUGUUUAGGAUGGAUACCACAUAGCCUUCUGAUGCUAUAAAUGCUUCAUUUCUGAUCUGAGAUGACUAUCUGUUGAUUAGCAUUCAUAUUCAAUUGCACAAGAGUUUCAGGAAGCAGAGUUGCACUGACUGCUAUUUAUGCAAAAGGAAUAAUUUUGUACCCUGCUAUUGUUGUUAACAAAGGAGCCUUGGGAGAUGAAAUAUAAUUGAAGAACAACUUUCAGAAUCUCCUGACAUUACUAGAAGCAGCUUUCUGACACUAUAAACAGUUCAGCUGUCUGCCAUGGGAGAACGGUUCGUUUUGAGGUCAAAGAAAGCUUAAGUUUCACUGGUAGUGAUUUCUGCACAGUUUAUCAUCCAGUAUCUUGUGUUAGCACUCAUGAAGAUGAUAUUUGGGAUAUAAACGGGAAAUUGUUAUCUUUGUUUUUGCUGAUAGGAUUCCUUGGGUAAGGAAUGUACCUGUUCAGGCAUUGCAGUUUAGGCAUCAUAAGAGAUCUAAUUUCUUGGAAAAUCAGCUCGGUUAAUGUGGAGAAUGAGAAGAGAAUCAAACUUUUUUUCCUGGCAGGUCGUUAUCUAUCUGGUGGAGGCUAAUAUUUGAAGGAUACAGUGAUAUUUAGCUAGAGCUCUGUUAUAUCUAUUUAGGUUUGCCUAGCUAUUUCCAUGUCUAUUUUGUAUUUUUCUUUAUCAUAAUAAGCUGAAAUGCUUGUUUGAAAGCCUGGGUUAUGUUGUCUUUUCUCCAUUCAUGAAUUAAAUGUAUAGGCAAGUUGUAUAUUAGACAAAUAACGAUCAGUACUAUUAAUCAUAACAGUGCUCAUGUUUCAAAA